AUGUCGGACUUUUUCAAAUCGCCGUUUGUAUCCAAGUCGUCGUCCUCUUCAUCGUCUCCUAGCGGUGCGACAUCCACCAGAUUUGCCAGAACAUUGCUUACAGAUUUACCACUAGACGGUGAGAAGAAGGAACAACUCAUGAAUAUCGUACGCACGGAAAUUGCGCAGGCAAAUGCUCAAAUGCUCAUGAACGCGAGUAACAUGAACGAGCGAUGUUUCAAGGCAUGCGUUACCAGGCCUGGGGCCUCCCUCAAUAGUUCUGAAGAAACAUGCCUGACAAGAUGCAUGGAGCGUUUCAUGGACACUUGUAUGGAUGUCCAGUCUGAUCUGCCGUUGAGAAAUCUGACAAAUUUCAAUCUGAUAGUCAACAUUGUUAGCCGAACUUAUACCGCUAGGCUCAGCAGGGAAAGGCUGGAUUCGAUCACAUCGGACUUUGAGAAACUUCCGUAGGAAUGUUCUCCAUGACUUAUUCGUGUACUG